UACAGGUGUCAUGGUUAUUAUAAAAUCUACAACAAGGAAGAAGCAACUCAUAUGGUUAAAGAUGCAGCCGACUACCUGAAACCUGAAACACACAGAAAUGGAAAUGAAUUUAUGUCAAGUCGUAUGUGCUGUAUGUUGUCUGCUCCUUUAUGCAACAGGCUCACUCGCACAGCUAAGUGUGUGUGGUCGGCCUUCACUGAACACAAAAAUUGUUGGGGGUGCAAAUGCUGCUGCCGGUUCCUGGCCUUGGCAGGUCAGCAUUCAGACAAGGGGCUUCCAUUUCUGUGGUGGCAGCCUGAUCAAUAAAAACUGGGUCUUAUCAGCUGCUCACUGUUUCCAAAGCUUUGGUGCAGCAUCUAUCACAUUGGUACUAGGAGCACGGAAUCUGCAGGGGACGAGCACUAAUAUUCAGUACAGAGGCGCUACUAAAAUUAUCAUCCACCCAAACUUUAACAGUACCACCAUUGACAAUGACAUUGCUCUAGUCCAGCUGUCCUCUUCAGUGACGUUCACUGUGUACGUAUUGCCGGUUUGCCUCGCAGCAAGCAGCAGUUCUUUUUCUGGUGGUAUAAAUGUCUGGAUCACAGGAUGGGGUAAAAUUGCUACUAAUGUGGAUCUGGCAGCCCCACAAACUCUGCAGGAGGUGGUGGUGCCGACUGUCAGUAACACUGCCUGUGCAACGGUAUAUGGAGAUUUAUUAACCAACAAUAUGAUAUGUGCUGGAGUGGCUGCAGGAGGAAAAGGUGCAUGCAAUGGUGAUUCUGGAGGACCACUGGUGGUCAAGCUCAACCAAACAUGGAUUCAGGCUGGGAUUGUCAGCUUUGGCACUAAGAAAGGAUGUUCUGUUCCUGGCAUUCCCACUGUUUUCACCAGAGUGUCUCAGUAUCAAGCCUGGAUUGAGAACAAUACCAACAGCAGUAAAACUGGAUUUGUUGCAUACUCAAGGGGAAAUUGUGGUUCCUCCAAUCUCUUCUAUUUGCUUUUUUUCCCCAUCACCCCCUUCCUCUUUUUCCUAUCCACAUUCUAGGGAUGUUAACUAAAUUAAUUAAAAGCACAUCAGUAAAUUAGUCUUACUGCAGUCAACUUAUUUUAAGAAAGAAAAAAACAUAGCUUUUAUCUUUAACUUUGAUUCAAUACUAUAUCAUCUUUAAAAUAAGAAUUUCAAAGGGUACGUGAAACAGUCAAACAAAAUUGUGCCGGAAGAGCCUAAUUUACUUAACAUUAUUUUUAGCUGUUAAGUUUUUUUAUU